GUGUGUGUGUGUGUGUGAGAGAGAGAGAGAGUGGCUUUAGUUUCUUGAGGAAAGAGAAAAGAGGAAGCAGUUCCGCCCUCAGCAGCAGCAGCAGCAGCAGCCUUGGAGGCCGUGGACUGAAGAGAGCAGAGACCGCUUCAUACCCCCAAAACUCGAGCCGAAGCUGUAUUGUUCGGCGGGCGGGCGGACAAUAAGUGGAUCUCCGGGCGGGACUUUUGCGUCUCAGGUGUGGCGCUGUGCGACCGCCGCGUUUUGCGCGUUAGAAAAGCGGCGUAAAGAAAAUGAGCUCCAUGUGAAGAAGUUUCGCUCUGCUCGACUGUUGCGCCGCGGACUUUGUCGUCUUAGUUCGGGUUGAGCUGCUGAUCCAGCGGCGGGAGUCUGACUCAGGCCCUGGCAAGAUUUUUUUCUUUGUUUUUCUUUCUUUCUUUUUGAUCCGGACAAAUCCCAGUUCAAAACCAGUAUGAGUGGAGAAGAGGAAAGAUACAAACUGGUGGUGGUGGGAGGAGGAGGGGUGGGGAAGAGCGCCCUGACCAUCCAGUUCAUCCAGUCCUACUUUGUGUCCGACUACGACCCCACCAUCGAGGACUCCUACACCAAGAUCUGCACCGUGGACGGGAAGGAGACCCGGCUGGACAUCUUGGAUACAGCAGGUCAGGAGGAGUUUGGGGCGAUGAGGGAGCAGUACAUGCGCUCAGGAGAAGGCUUCUUACUGGUGUUUGCACUGAACGACCGGGGCAGCUACCACGAGGUCCAGAAAUUUCACACCCAGAUCCUGAGAGUGAAGGACCGAGACGACUUCCCCAUGCUGCUGGUUGGAAACAAGGCUGACCUGGAACAGCAAAGAGUGAUUUCCAGGGAGGACGCUCAGGCCUUCGCCAGAGAGAACAGGAUCCACUACAUGGAGGCGUCGGCCAAGAAUCGCUACAAUGUGGACGAAGCUUUCUUGGAGUUGGUGCAAAUUAUCAGACGGUUUCAGGAGAUGGAGAGUCCUCCUCCUCCAACUCAUCACACAGGGAAACAGAAAAGAGGUGGCUGUCCCUGUGUCCUCCUCUGAGAAACCUUACUAUGGACACCAAAGCCCCGUUCCUCUACAGCUUGUCCAAAAAGGAGUGUGUGUGUGUGUGUGAGAGAGAGAGAGAGAGAGAGAGAGAGAGAGAGAGGGAGAG